AUGGAUAUUGCAGCUCUUAGAAAGGGCUAUAGCCUUGGCAAGACACUGGGAGAAGGCUCGUUUGGCAAAGUGAAAUCUGCAUACAGUCACAAGCUGAAAUGCAAUGUGGCCAUCAAGAUCAUUGACAAGAAGAAAAUUGCUCAGGGUGUCCUGGAAAAAUUUCUCCCCAGGGAAAUAGAGGCUUUGAAAUGCUUGCACCACCCCUCAAUCAUCGAAACCUAUGAGAUUUUUGAGACAUCAGUGGGGAAAUUGUACAUUGUGAUGGAGCUUGGGGAAAAGGGAAACCUCAUGAACUACCUUGAAACCAAGGGAGCAAUGGAAGAGGACUUCGCUUCCAGCAAGUUCCAGCAGUUGGCUUCUGCCAUCAAGCAUUGCCAUGACUUGGACUUUGCCCACAGGGACCUGAAAUGUGACAAUGUCCUUGUUGACAAUUACCUUAACUUCAAGCUGACAGACUUUGGCUUUUCAAAACACUUGUCUCGGGAUGAAAAUGGAAAAAUCAUUCUCAGUAACACCUUCUGCGGGUCUCUUACCUACUCAGCCCCUGAAGUGCAUCAGCACAUUCCUUGUGACCCCAGGAUUUCUGACAUGUGGAGCCUGGGUGUCAUCCUGUAUAUGAUGCUCUACAUUUCAAAGCCAUUUGAUACUUCCGAUGUCAUGCAAAUGGUUCGGGUUCAGAAACAACACAGGAUUCCCUUCCUCAACUCAAAACACCUGACUGCAGAGUGCAAGCACCUCAUUUAUCACUUGCUCCAGCCUGAUGUGUCUCAGAGGAUGUGCAUAGAUGAAGUUCUGAAACAUCCCUGGUUGCAGACUCCAAACCUGAGCAAAAGCAGCAAGGCAAAUCCCAUUCUGCUCAUGCCAAGGGAGUGGAGAAAGAAAAUGAAUCCUCCUAAGGAUCACUUCAAUGGGACCACGAA